AUAUAACCUUGCUUGCCAUCAUAUUCCGCUCUCUUCGCACUUUCAGUCACUCCACCCUCACAAGCAGUCCGCUCAACACAAACGACGAUGAGGAUUCACAAGUGAAUCUGUGACAACUACCUACUACAAACCGAAGCGAUAUGCGAAGGACGAACAAGACCAUGAUAACGCGUACACGAAAGCUUACCAUUCAAAUCUAAAGCGUAAAUUCUACUGGAAGGACACGGGAGUGUGGGAAACGAGCUGAUAUGCUGGGUUGUGAGGAAUGGGAGAAGGUCAUGAAUGCAGUCUCGGUUAACCACUGCACGUGUCAGCUUCCAAGCUAGGGGCAUGCUCAAUGCCUCCAUAUUCAGCCGACACAAUGUGCCCGAUCCCCAACAUCCCCCACCACACAACCAGAGGUCAACAAAGAUGAUGACAGAGGAGCUGUUGAUGGCGACAUUUUGA